AACUUACCUCAGUUAACUGGCUAACGUUAGCAGCGGAGCGUCAAACUCGGAGACUUCUGCUUCAAACUACCAGGAGACAUUAACAAUACAGGUAAGCUGUGAACUCAGGCUUUAAAAUUCAAGUUUAACCAACUCUCAGUAAGUUUAUUAAAGUUUAUUGUAGUUGACUUAUGUAACAGUGAGCUGCAGACCAAGAAACAUUUCAAUGGUGAAGCGAAAGUUCAGCUGUUUAACUUGAGCUAAUGUUAGCUGCCGCUGUUACCCUCUGACUUAACACUAUUGUUGACUAAAUCUAGCUGUCAGCCUCAGUCAGUUUACUAUCAGAGGUGACUUUGUGGAGUAGUGUCCGCCCCGCCUGUCUGUUUCUGCUAUCUGUCUGUCUGUCUGUGGGGUUAAUGGUUAAUUCCGGCUGGUUAGUUUAAGUUUUGGCCGCUGGAGUUAACCUUAUUCAGCUUUGUGUGGUAAGUUUAAGAGGGGUCUCUUAACUUGAAGAUGCAUGUCACUCUCGGCGUGAUAAAGGGCUGCACAGGGGGGGAUAAAGGUCACAACAGAUACCCCGUUACCUUGACAACAAUGCGGAAGUUUCUGGACCAUGUGGAUACACACCCGUCCUCUUGGUUUGAAUAAGGGCAGAAAUAAAGGGAUAAACACCAGGGUGGUUUGGUUUAUUUAGGCAAACAGGUGUGUAGUUCUUGACUUAAUGUUUGUAUAACAGCACUCUUGCACGUUUUGAUCUACAGAGAGUGGAGUCAAAUGUUGUGGAGAUUCUCAUCAUGCUGUUAUUGAUGGUGUUUUCAGAGGCCCCCUGAGGUGACGGUGCAGAUUUCAGGACCUCAGUGGAGUCCAGAUUGAAGGAAGCAUGUCUACAGACCAGGAGCCCACCUACACAGUGAAGCUGCUGCAACUGCUGCUCCUCUCCACCUACUGGGGGAUGCAGAUCUGGGUCACCUUCAUCUCAAGUCAGUACCACACAUUUCUGAUCCAGAGUAUCUGAGACGGCAGCAUGUUAACAGUUUAUAGUCAGGUGACGACACAGAAUCUGCAUGCUCAGUGGUCGACUCUCUGUGUGUUUAGAUGAAGAGACGCACUAAAGUCAUAUCAGACAAAAUUUGAAAAUGAAAUAAAAGAAGUAAGGUUUGAUUACUACAUGAGGCAUUUUAUACAUCCAUCCAUUUUCUACCGCUUAUUCCCAUCCCUGGGGUCACGGGGGGGCUGGAGCCUAUCCCAGCAUCUUAGGGCGAAGGCAGGGGACACCCUGGACAAGUCGCCAGUUCAUUGCAGGGCUGACAUAUAGAGAAGAACAACCAUCCACGCUCACAGUCACACCUAUGGGAAUUUUUUUUGAAAGUGGCCAAUUAACCUAACCCCUCUUAGGCAUGUUUUUGGGAUGUAGGAGGAAACUGGAGUACCCGGAGUAAACCCACACAGACACAGGGAGAACAUGCAAACUCUAUACAGAAACACCCUGAGCUUGAGCCAGAUUGGAACCCAGGACCUUCUUGCUGUGAGACGACAGUGCUAACCACUACACCACUGUGCCGCCCUUAAAGCUAGUCAUGAAAUAUAAUUUCUGAAUGUUAAAGUACUUGUAAAACUUUUGAGUAUUGUUCUCUUUAUCUAUUAUGUGCAAAGUGAUGCCUCAAACGACUCUAAGCACUUUAAUUUCUUAAUUUGGAGUGUUGUCUUGUUUUUAUGUCAGAUUUCUGUGUGACGCUAUCUCUCUGAUGCUGGAGAAAGUUUUGCACAACACGGACAGAUACAAUUAAUUAAUUUGUUCAUUUAAGCUCAUGUGUUGGUUUUUAGUAAGUUAUGAAACAGACUCAAACGAGCAGUGAUUCGUCUCGAUUGUGCACAAAAGCAAAUGAGACCAUCAGUGAAAAGAUUCCCAAUUUCUACAUUGUAAUUUUUUUAAUCUUUGUCCUGCUGAGGUUAUAAAAAUGCAGAAAUGAGGCCUGAUAGGCGGUUUUGUUUUUGCGCUCAGGUUUCGUGAUGGACAACCACCUGAACAGACACACAUAUGGCUUCAUCCAGAGCCGACUCGUCCCGUUCUACCUCCACCUGGGAUCAGCCUGUGCUUUCUUUAACCUCACCAUCUACGCUGUGUAUCAUCCCAGUGACAUGAUGGAUGACAGAGAGGCCUUCCAGGUGGGCAGUUAUCAGUUUACAACACUCAGAGGGACAAGGACACUAUAGCAGUUACUAUGAAAUGUUUAUAAGAUGUCCAAGACAGCCCAUAGUGAUUGAUCAGCUGUUUGCAUUGAUACUUGCAGCUCACCCUAAAAGUUUGGGGAAUUUUCAGAAGUGUUGAAAAGUAGGCUUUAAUUUCUGACUUCUUUGUCCCCUUCAGAUCUUCAUCUUCUUCGUGUCAGUGACGGUGGCAGCGGUGAACGCUCAGUGGUUCGGCCAGAUGGCAUCAGAGAUGAUGGCGGACAUGCACUUGAUUGAGCAGACGUGCGGUCUGGGACAGGACAUCGGGCUGUCGUCGAACAGAGAAGCUUACGCCAAGCUGUGCGAGACCGACGUGAAGUACAGGCACCUGAGCAGCCGCCUGUGGCUCUACAGACUGCUGUCCUCUCUCUGUAACCUCUGCUGCAUCGGCUGCAACUUCUACAGCCUCUGCUACAUGGCCGAGAACCUGAACACGCUCUGAGACUGACACAGCAGCUGGACUGUCACCACAAAUCACUCCUUUGCAAAUCCAGACACACAGAUUUUUCUAUCAAAGUGGUAAGUUAUGUAUUUAAAAUGUGAGAUCUUUCCCUCCUGUGCCAAGUUUUUUAAAAAACCACAUUGCUGUGCCUUAGGGAAUAAUGACAGAGCAGCCUUCAUGCUCACACUUAUGGAGAUGAAUCAGCUCCCGCAGUGAGUCAUGUGUCACCUUUCACCCAGUGAGUGUGAGUGUGCAGGCACCCUUGAGUUCUCUCUUUACUACACACGUCACUGUUAAAUCAGAGCACCUCUCAGGAAGCGUCUUUUUGAAACUUUUGUAUCUGUAGGAGCAGAAACCCCUCCACUGCUCUGCAGCUUUCCAUCAGUAACCCACAGACAGAGACCUUCUUUAAGGACGCUCAUUGCUCUGUCCUGCUCGGCUUGUUUGGGUGGAGUUUUAAUUCCUCCCGUGCAGCGUGGUGUUGCAGGUUUGUCCGGCUCUCCCUCCUUCAGCUCUCCUGCCUGCUUUUUACUGGUAUGAAGGAACAGUUUGAAGAGUUCUGGCUCAUUGAUCGGCAUGUUUCAGAUUUGUUUUUGCAAAGCAGGUUGGUCCGCUUAACAGCUCGAGUCUUUAAAGAUAUCAAAGAGCUUUGUAAGGGUUUGUUCAACAGCAUAAACGACUUCUCUGAACUUUCACUAUUAAAGGGAUAUUCCAGUAUUUUUGAAGUGAGGUUGUAUAAGUUACUUGACACUCAUAGGUUGGUGUUUUAGCUAGAAUGAAUGGCAGUCAGCUUGGCGCCUUGUUUAGAAACUGCAGGUAGAAACAGAAUGUUUUGUAUAGAUGAAAUCAAUCCAUCCUGGUUCUUUGCACUAAAGUUGAGGCUCCGCCCCCUUUUGGGUGAAAGUAGGCUAUCUGAAUUGACAGGUGGUGAAAGGAAACUCCAGAGUCUUUAGCAACACUCUAACUUAAAAUUAGAAAAUUAUAUUAUUUAUGACACCUGAGAUCCUGAAUCUAACAGUUACGAUGAAAGUGACAUUAGAGUGCUCUCAUUCGUGCCACAGGUCCCAAAUGCUGAUCUCAGUUUCACUGUACACUCUGCUCAGAAAGUUUUCAGGGCUCAUUUGUUUUUGCACUAUUUUAUAGACACAUGACAUCCAGCGUGUUCCCUCACUUGCAGCACAAUCAGCUAACAUUGUCUAUGAUAAUUAGGUCACUGGUUUAGUUUAGUUAGUUUUGGUAUUUUUGUGUAAUGUUAAGCACCAAAUGUCCGGGAUCACGGUGAUGAAGACUUCGUAGUAAAACUCAAACGACCUGACUUAAAAAACAAACAAACUGAAACAUCCCUUUAAUAUUUGUAGCUGAUCGUUAAGCAGAAAUGACAUCGAGUCUUUAACGCUUUGUACGUCUGCAAAAAUAACCAAAACUUUGUUGACUAUGACUGAUUUUUGCCACCGCUUUAACACUCAGAUAUGAAUUAGAAAAUAGAAAAAAACAGUUUUUUUUUCUCAUCCUUGACAUUAAAUUGAAGCGUUUCUGGAUCUGUUUCUCUUCUUGGAUGGUGACCUGACUGUCUCUGUGCUGUGGACAAAAACAGAUGUCAUAUCAAGGUCAGAGAUACUUUUUGGUACUUUCUGCUACUUUAUGAACCAAAAACUGUUAAGUAGCAGACAGAACACUAAUGUACUCAUGAUGGAGUUGUAUAACUUAAAGAUUUACAGAGCAGUGAAGUCUUUAUCUUGAAUUCCUGAAGUAUAUAUUUUUUUAUUUUUUAUGUGCAGUAAUGACUCCUAAAUAACGUGAUGCAGCCAUGUGUAACUUUAAAACCAAAUUAUCUGUGUGCAGAAAAGUUCUCAGGUGUCUUGUUAGUCUGAAUAUUUUUGUUUGUAUCUGAUGAAAAAGGGAGCUCUGUGAUUUGUUGUACAUUUUCAGUUUGUUUUUCACGUUUCUGAAUGAUGACAGUGAAAGAGCCACAUUUAAGGAAAAAGGAAACUGAGAUUUCAAGAACAAAAUGGUCAACUGACAAGAACAGAGUUGUAAUAUCACAACAGCAAAUUAAAAUUUUGGAGUAUAAGAAUAUAAAUUGAAAGGUAAAUCAUACAUUUAAGAGAAUAAAGGCAUCAUCUAGGGAGGUUUUUGAAUUACUAGAUUCAAGUCAUAAAAUCAGAAGAACAAAGUGAUUAACUAAAUUAAAGACAUAAACUCAUGGGAAUAACGUCCUAAAUUUAAGGGAUUGUAAACUUUGAUGACUAUUCUUUUUUUCCUUUUUAUUACUUUACUCUUGAAAAUUCUAAAUUCUCGUAGAAAUUCGUUUUUUCGUUUCUCUCCUGUGAUGUUUUUUUUUUUUUACACAAAUGAAACGGACAGAAAUUCUUAGUGAUGCUAUUUUAUGGUGUUCAAAAACAAACCAGACCUCCAGCAACAAGACUGCUGACUCAAAUUUCCUCAUUUUAAUGUCUGAAACUUUUCACAAGCAAAGACUGAUUUGUCCACAGGGGGGCGCCAGAAUGAACAUAAAGCAAAAGUACCUGUCAAGAGCUUUAAUUGUAAAAUUACAGUAUCAUUAUUAUGGCUGUUUUCUAUAUUUUCAAUGUGGCUAUUCUCGUGUCCGUUCUUAUGAACUGUGUUUUAUUCUUACAGUUUGACUUUUUAUUGUUUACUUUGAUAUCUCUCUUGGAAAUUUAAAGUUAACCCUAUAUAACUUUAUUUGCCUCUCUUUACCACUUUAUUCUUGAAAUCUCUAAUAUGAACUCUUUCUUACGGUGGUCUUGAUCCUGGACCUCCUCGAUGUUGAGGUUUUUCUGAAGCUGUAGUCAAUGCAUUUUAUCUUGCUCAUGUUUUUACAGUUUCACCCGGUUAACUCGUCACUUUGACCAAAGAUAAAAAGAAAAAAAAAACGUUUUCAGUUAUCUUCCUCCUCAUCAGCAGCUUCUAACGGUUUUUUUCUUCCUAAUUCUGAUGAAGGUGCUCUCUACAUGCAAAGACAAUGCAAUUAAACCACAUUCAUUCUAUUGGAGCCCAGCCAGUUUGAAUCAAUCCAAACUUUCAAAGACAGUUUAGUGUUUAAAGCUUUAUUUGGAUUUUAAAUUCUGUAUGUCAUUUUUUUUUCCUAACAAAUUAAUAUUUAAACCACUUUCUUGAUCUGUUGGAGAUAUUGGUUAUUACUGGUUUUGUGGGUUUGUCCAAAAACUAAAUGUACUGCUGAGGUCAGAGGUCGGAACAGUUUGUGGUUAAGGGUUUGAAAAAAUGUUUCUACAUGUUUGAUCUGUACUUUUUUGUAUUAAAAUAUGUUAAAUAACAGUUGUGAGCUGUG